AAGAAACCAAUGAGGAAAGUGAAGGGGCUGGUCGGCCUGUUCUCACGCCCCACCCUAGAACGCUGCUGAAGGAAAGUUUCACCUUAGAGAAGCUAGAGGAGCGAACAUGGCAGCGGGUAGGUGGCUUUGGUGUGCCUCAGCGACCGCGGCGGUGGCGCUGCUGCUCGUUUACCAGGUUUCCUCUGCCUCUGCCCAAAGAAAGAAGGAGAUGGUGUUAUCUGAAAAGGUUAGUCAGCUGAUGGAGUGGACCAACAAAAGACCUGUAAUAAGAAUGAAUGGAGACAAGUUCCGGCGCCUUGUUAAAGCCCCGCCAAGAAAUUACUCCGUUAUUGUCAUGUUCACUGCUCUCCAACUUCAUAGACAGUGUGUUGUUUGCAAGCAAGCCGAUGAAGAAUUUCAAAUCCUGGCAAACUCUUGGCGAUAUUCCAGUGCAUUUACCAACAGGAUAUUCUUUGCUAUGGUAGAUUUCGAUGAAGGCUCUGAUGUAUUUCAGAUGCUAAACAUGAAUUCUGCUCCAACCUUCAUCAACUUUCCUGCAAAAGGGAAACCCAAACGAGGUGACACAUAUGAGUUGCAGGUGCGAGGUUUUUCAGCUGAGCAGAUUGCCCGGUGGAUUGCAGACAGAACUGAUGUUAAUAUUAGGGUAAUUAGACCUCCAAAUUAUGCUGGUCCUCUUAUGUUGGGAUUGCUUUUGGCUGUCAUUGGUGGACUUGUGUAUCUUCGAAGAAGCAACAUGGAAUUUCUCUUUAAUAAAACAGGAUGGGCUUUUGCAGCUUUGUGUUUCGUGCUUGCCAUGACAUCUGGUCAAAUGUGGAACCAUAUAAGAGGACCACCAUAUGCUCAUAAGAAUCCUCACACAGGACAUGUGAAUUAUAUCCAUGGAAGCAGUCAAGCCCAGUUUGUAGCUGAAACACACAUUGUUCUUCUGUUUAAUGGUGGGGUUACCUUAGGGAUGGUGCUUUUGUGUGAAGCUGCUACCUCUGACAUGGAUAUUGGGAAGCGAAAAAUAAUGUGUGUUGCUGGUAUUGGACUUGUUGUAUUAUUCUUCAGUUGGAUGCUCUCUAUUUUCAGAUCUAAAUAUCAUGGAUAUCCAUACAGCUUUCUGAUGAGUUAAAAAGGAUCCAGCGAUAUAUAGACCCUGUGGUAAUGGAAACUGAAAAACAAGAAGUAUGUGUGUAAUUGAAAAGAAGAAUGCAACUUGUAUAUUUUGUAUUACCUCUUUUUUUCAAGUGAUUUAAAUGGUUAAUCAUUUAACCAAAGAAGAUGUGUAGUGCCUUAACAAACAAUUUCUUGUCAAAAUCAUGAAGUAUUUAAAAAUUACUCUCCUCGGGGGCUGGGGAUUUAGUUCAGCAGCAUAAGUGCCUGCCUUGCAAGCAGGCAGUCGUGAGUUCAAUCCCCGGUACCGGUAAAAACAAAAAAGACAAAAAAAAAUUACUCUCCUCUUAAACUUCCCUUCCCAGUGAAUUUUAUGGAACAUUUAAUUUUGUAGUACUAAGUACAUUAUAAAAAUUUUAAAACUUACUACUUCAUUUUAAUUACAACAAAGCUCACAACUAUUUUAGUUAGUAUGUUGAUUAUCUCAUUUUAUAUUCUUUUCCAAAAGUAGAGAAUGAAAGUUCUGACCAAGUAUUCUCACAUACCCAUGCAUUGGGAAUCCAUUCUUACCUUUUCCAUGUUUGCCUGGGUGUGUAUAUUUUAAAAUUUUUUCCUUUUGGACUGAGAAAUUGUAUGUGCUUAAUGGUCCUCUGAAACUGGAACGUUAUGUUUCAAAGUACAGGUCUCGCCUUUAGAAAGACUAGUCAGUCUUCCUGCAUCUUUUCUACUGAAAUCCAGUGCUUCUUGAUAGCUGUAGAUAUUUAAAAAGUUUCUCUACAGGAUUAUGAUUUCUGCAUGUGCAUAGUGUUCACUACCUUACAUUUGGAAAGACUUCAGAUUCAUCCUGUCCCCUUAUAUUUCUUUUAUUUAAAGUGAUGUAUCUCUAAUAAUAAUAUUUUUAGUGCUAAAAUUCAGUAUAAGAUGGAUAUAGUGGCACACACCUGUAAAUCCUAGCACUUGAGGCGGCUGAGCCAAGGAGGAUUGCUGGGAGUUUGAGGUUGGCCUGGGCUGCUUGGUGAGUUGAAGGCCAGCCUGAACUACAUAAGGGAAACCCUGUCUCAAAAAAUCAUAACUUGUAAAUGGUCUAAUAUGUUUCUAAAACUUAGAGAUCAUCAUUUAUUUCAUUUUUACCUAACAAAAAUAGGUCAAUUGUAUUUAGGAAAAGAACUUCCUUGACAUAAUAAAAAAAAUCAUGAAAUACUGAGUUAUUACCUGUGUGUAGAAAUUGAAUGUUUUUUGAAACCUAUUCUGUUUUUGCUAUGAUUUUAGCCUUUUUUUCUUUCCUGUAAAGUAGAGAACGCCAGGACAAUGGUAUGUACCUGUCCCAGAUACUUGGGGAACUACAGUAGGAAGAUGUUUUAGGGAAUUAUUUAUUUUUGGUUUGGUUUGGUAUUUUGAGACAGUAUAUUGCUGAAUAAUCCCAGCUGGCCUUGAAUUUAUUAUGUAUCCCAAGCUGGCCUCAGACUCAAAUUCUCCAUCCUCCUUCCUCAGCCUCCUAAGUGUUGGAUUAUAAGCAGGGGCCACCAUACCCUGCAGGGGAUUAUUUGAGGUCAAAUUGGUGGGUUUUGUUUGAAUUUUGUCCUUUUAUUAUUGACAGUGGUAAUAACCAUGUAUUAACCAAAUUUUUGUGAGGAAUAGUUUCAUGGUUAUCACUACAUCUAACUGUGAAGACUAACGUAAACUGCCACUAUUAUAAAAGUAUGAAAAUUGUAGUUGUAAAAAAAUAUUAAAGACAUCUUAGAAGUAUUUCAUUAGUAAGACACAGACUGCCUCCUGAUGUUCACCAACUAAUAACCUUCCCAUGACAUCUAGUAUAGUAGAACAGAGGUUUGUGGAAACAGAUUAAUAAAAUAUGCCUUAGAAAAAAUAUUCUAUGUGGAUUUUCGUUUUUAUUUUUAUUAGUAUUUUUGCUGGCCCGGUGUGGUGGCAAAUGCCUAUAGUCCUAGGAUUUGGAAUUAGAAGGCUGAGCAAGAGGAUCACCAUGAGUUCGAAGCCAGCCUGGGCUACAUAAGUGAGUUCUAGGCUAGCUUAAAUGACACAGUGAGCCAACUCUGUCUCAAAAAAGCCAAAAAGAAAAAAACAUUCUGUUACUGGCUAUGUAGAUGCAAUUCACCUUUUACUUUUUACUAGAACCAUUUUUUGUUAAUCACUCCUCUGAAAAGUCGAAAGUUUUGGAUUCCUUAUGUAUUGUUCUUAUACUUAUCUCAGACCAAAUAAAUUUAUGCUAUGAUUCUUUUGAAACUUGUAUAAAGAUAUCUUGAUUUGUACUAAUAGUCCAGGGGAAUGCUAUGCAAUCUGUAUAGUUCCAGAUAAUUUGUCAUGGUUGUUGAAAGAUCCUUUUAAGAGCACUAGUUUUCUUCUGUAAAGAGAAAGGUAGGAUUCUGACUAAAAGUUGUAGAGAAUAGGUUUACUACACUUAAAUUAGGGUUACAUUUGUAGAAAUAUUGAAAUUAGUUUUUAUCCGAAGUGCCUUAAAUAGAGCCUUGAUUUACUUUUCUAGUAAUUGUUUAAAUAUCAUUUGUUAUGCAUUUUUAAGAUUUUACUCAAAAUAAUACAUUAUAGUGGCAAAGAUAACCAAAUGUCUGUUUGGUUUUUGAUCAUAUCAAUAAAACUUUUACAACCUAAAUUCUGAGUUUUUGAUUACCAUCUAAAGAGGGGAUCAAUUUUUUUUAGUAAAUCCAAAAUGGCUAUCAUAAUAUAUCUUGUUAUCUUUGAAUAGCUGUCCAUACCAUCAGAUACAAUAUUUUUUUGUCUUUUUGAGACAGGGUCUCUAUGCAGUUUAAGCUAGACUUGAGUUCACUUUGUAGCCUCGGCUGGUCUCGAACUCACGAUGAUCCUCCUGCCUCAGCCUCAUCAGAUGUAACAAAACAAAACAAUGAAAAUGAUAUAGGACUUUAAAACAACUUUAACAAUGGCUACCACCUUCCCAAGAAGAUUCCCCAAUAGAUACUAUAUUGGGUAUUGUUAUUUCUAAAUAGAUGAUCAGACUACCAGCUUUAGGCCUGCAGAGUCAUUGAAACACUAAACACUAAAAGCAUUACAUUGUAUUUUACUUUAAUAGCUAUCAUCUCAGCCAGUGUUUCUCUGGAUCAGCCAAUAGCUUGGGGUUGGGGAAUCUUAGCUCUUGUCUCUCAGCUCACAUGCUGGAAGGGGACUAGCAUCUGAUUCUCUUCUCUAUGGCCCAUGACUAAUGCCAAUAAGGAUCAAUUUAAAAUACCAAGGAGCGUGCCUAUAUUCCCAUCAUUCAGGAAGCUGAAGCAGUAGAACUGACAGAAGUUCAAGGCCAGCCUAGAUUAUAUAGUGAAUUAAAGGCCAGCUGGAACUACAGUGAGUCUCUCAAAAAUACCAAUUAAUAACAGAACUAAAGGAGAAUGGCAGGAUUAGAAUAUUUCAUUUUAAAAUUGUAGUGAAAUUAAUGGGGGCGUUCCUUGGUUUUUUGAGACAGUCACGCUAUGUAGUUCAUGCAGGCCUUAAAUUCACUAUGUACCCCAGACUGAUGUUGAACUCAUGACAAUCCUACCUCAUCAUGUAAGUGCUGUAAUUACAGGUGUAUGGCACCACUACCAGCUAGUAGGACAAUUUUUAUUCUUAUUCUUUUCUCCUUGAAAUAAAAUGGACAAUUUUCUUAAGUAUUUCUAGAUUGAUACAAAUUCUUAAACCAGGUGAGGUGGCAGUAAUCCCAGCACUCGGGAGGUUGAGGCAGGAGCAUCCUUGGGAGUUUGAGACCAGCCUAGGCUACAAAGUGAGCUGAAGGCCAGCCUGAACUGUAUAGCGAGACCCAGUCUCAAAAAGACAAAACAAAAAUUAUUCUAGGAAUCUAUAAGUGGCAUUUUAUUAAUGUUGUGAUGUGUUAGAUUAGUAAGAACAGCCCAAGGUGGCCAUGAUGGUGUCCACUUAUAAUCUCAGCACUCGGGAGCCUGAGGCAGGAAGAUCACAAAAUUGAGGCUAGACAGUGAGUUCCAGGCCUGUAUAAACUACAUACCCAGACCAUGUCUCUCAAAAAAAAUCAGAGAAAGGGAUGAGUGGCAAUUGUCUUUUUUAAAAAUUUAUUUUAGGGGGCUGGGGAUUUAGCUCGGCAGCAUAAGUGCCUGCUUUGCAAGCAGGCAGUCGUGAGUUCGAUCCCUGGUACCGUUAAAAACGAAAAAGACAAAAAAUUUAUUUUAAAGAGAAUAAAACCAAGGAUAAUAAAAACAAUAAAACCAAUCAAAACAAACCAGUGUAAGAGAUACAGGACUUCAAAACAUGAAAUCAACAAUAGUUACCAUAAUGCCUUUUUGUUGUCUUCAAAAUAGCUGCAAAUAGUUUCAGACAUAGUAAAAAUCAAACAGAAUAGAAACAAAAACAAAAUAAUGAAUGCAAUAAAGGACUUCAAGCCAAUAGUAAAUCCAAAAUUGCUACCACAAUAUAUCUUUCUGUCUUUGAAAUAGCUGCUCAUGCCAUUGUAUUUUAUGUAAUCAAACAAAACAAAGAAUAAAACCCAACCCAGCUAAACAAUGAAAAUGAUAUAGGACUUCAAAACAAGACAAUGGCUACCCACCUCAGAAGGAUAUCCCUGCUAGGUGCCACAAUGCCUGCUGCUAUCCUCUGAUGUUCAGACCACUGGCCUGCAAGGUCAGUGAAACACCAAAGCACCAUAGGCAUCCAAUUAUAUUUUUCACCUCGAUAGCUAUCAUCACAAUCUGUGUUUCUCCAGAUCAGCUAGUCGCUUAUGGUGGUGGCGUGUGUGUGUGUGUGUGUGUGUGUGUGUGUGUGAUUGGUUCUUUUUUUUUUUUUUUUUUUGAGACAGAGUCUAUGCAGUUCAGACUGGCCUUGAGCUCACUUUGUAGCCUAGGCCAGUCUUGAACUCAACGGUCCUGCUUCAGCCUCCUGAGUACUGGGAUUACAAGUGUGAGCCACCAUCCCCGGCUUGGUACUUAAUUUGCCCACCCACGUGCCAGAAGGGGCUGGGGUCUGGCUGUCUCCAGGCUGGCGGCAGCUGGCACAUGGCACUGGUUCCCAGACAGGGCUUGCUUCCUGGGGUGGCCUUGAUAUCUCUCCCCGCUGUUCUCCAAGAACAGCACUGACGAAUGGCAAUUUUCAAUAUUGAUCUAUCUUUUGUCCCAGUCAGUGAACUCUUGUUUGUUGGGGGCAGUAGUGGGAAUUAAACUCAAAGCCUUCACACUGAGCUGUAUCUCCAGACUUCCUUUUUUAAAUUUCUUUAGACAUAAGCUGAGUAAUGUGCAUCAUAACAAGGUUUGAGGGAGGCACAUCUCAUGCAUGUGACAUGAACACCCUCAUCAUGUUCAUGAGCUGAAGAAUCUAAAUUUUUUUUUUGAGACAGAGUCUCACUAUGUAGCUUUAGGCUGAUCUUGAGCUCAGUGUGUGGCCCAGGCUGGUGUGCAACUAGCAGCAUUCCUUCUGCCUCAGCCUCCUUAGUACUGAGAGUACUGGUGUAUGCCAAUAUAGCUGCCUCACUGAAUACUUAACUAGGUAAUUCCCUUUUUUUUCCUGUCUUUUUGAGACAGGGUCUCACUAUGCGGUUCAGGCUGGCCUCGAGCUCUCUUUGUAGCCCAGAUUGGUCUCAAACUCACAACGAUCCUCCUGUCUCAACCUCUCAAGUACUGGGAUUACAGGCAUGUGGCCCCAUACCCGGCUGGUAAAUUGAUUACAGGCAUGUGCCCCCCACCCAGCUGGUAAUUCCAUUUUGAUGGUAAAAAAUUGAUUUGAAAGUUACCCUGGCAGAUUAUCAAGUUAUAUGAAACUAAACAAGAAGGGGCUGGGGAUUUAGCUCAGCGGCAUAAGCGCCUGCCUUGCAAGCAGGCAGUCGUGAGUUCAAUCCCUGGUACCAAUAAAAACGAAAAAGACAAAAAAAAAAAAAAAAAAGAAACUAAACAAGAA